CUUACCCCAGCACAGCAAUGGCGACUUUUACGCGGCGUCAUGUGACGUCGGAUUCUACAAUCGAGCGCUGUUGAGUGUGACGUGUCAAGACGCCCAAGAACGCUAUGCGCGAGGCUGUGGAGCCGCGGUCCGGCUACGGAUGCUGCCGGGUCGAUUAAGCAAGAUUUUCCUUGUGCCUGCUGGCAAUGUCCAUGAUCUUGUCUGCCUCGGUGGUCCGUGUGAGAGAUGGACUCCCUCUAUCUGCUUCUACCGAUUAUGAGCAAAACAUUGGUGUGCAGGAGUGCCAAAAAUACUUCAAAAGUAUUGCAAAAAGACUUUCUCAGCUUCCUGAUAGAUGCACACUUCAUGCAGGACUGUAUAACCUAAAUUUUAUUAGUUCCUUGGGAGUGAGUUACAUGAUGCUCUGCACUGAAAAUUACCCCAGUGUCCUGGCCUUCUGCUUCCUGGAUGAGCUUCAAAAGGAGUUCAUCACCACAUACAACAUGAUGAAGACAAAUACAGCUGUUAGACCAUACUGUUUCAUUGAGUUUGAUAAUUUCAUUCAGAGAACCAAGCAGAGAUAUAACAACCCACGGUCUCUGUCGACAAAGAUAAACCUUGCUGACAUGCAGACGGAAAUCAGGCUGAGACCACCUUAUCAAAUUUCCUUGUCUGAAUUGGGUUCAGCCAAUGGGUAUCCACAUGUACCUCUUCCAGAAUACAAAGGUACUGGGAAAAUAUCUACAGCCCCUCACCAGCGACUGGAACCUGUGACUCUGUCAGGGAUCGUUUCCUUUCUACUCAGCCUUUUAUGUGGGGCUUUGAAUUUAAUUCGUGGUUUUCAUGCUAUAGAGAGUCUUCUGCAGAACGACAGAGAGGACCUCAGCUAUGUUAUUGCCUUUUUCCUUGGCACAGCAGCUUGUUUAUAUCAGUGCUAUCUGUUUGUGUAUUGCACAGGCUGGCGGAACAUCAAAUCCUUCCUAAGUUUUGGCUUAAUCUGCCUAUGCAACAUGUAUCUCUAUGAACUACGCAACCUCUGGCAGAUCUUUUUUCAUGUGACUGUGAGCGCUUUUUCAACAUUACAGAUCCGAUUGAGGCAGCCACAAGGGAAGGCCCCUGAUUACAAUGUGUGAUGGUUGUCCUCCAGCAAGUCUCAAGGCAAACUUGAUCCAAGCAGUAUUCCUCUCAGGAAUGAAACACUUUUCUGCAAGACAGAUGCUUCCCAUAGUCUAGGGCAUUAAUGACAGAGAAAUUCUUCAAAGAAGAGCUGGAAAUGGUUCGGGACCCUGUUGCAGGACAAGUGAAAACCCUGUGCAGGAGAAUGUACCUCAAGGGCAAAGUGAGAAGUUUGGAGGGGCAGCAUGAAAAUUCCACAUCCAGAAGUAUGAAAAUGGCAAGGACCUUGUUCUGCAUAUCAAGUGAUUCCUUCAGUCCCAUACCAGGUUUGCCUUUGUGAGAUAGUAGAAAAGUCUGAAAUAAAAGGAUGGUGUUGCAUAUUAA